UUAAUUAAAAGGUGUAAUUAAAAUGUCAGACGAAUCAGAAUACGAUGUAGAACCAGAAGAAUUUGAUAUUUAUAAACGAAAAUACCAAUUAUUACUAGAUAGAUGUGAAGUUUUACAACAGGAAAAUGAAAGAUUGGUUUAUCGUAUUCAACGAGUUAGGAAACUUCUUAAACGUACAAGAAAGGAAAAAAAAUUUUUAAUUGACCGCUUAGAUCAACAUGGUGAUCGUUGGCGAGAAGCACCUAUGGGAGUUCUUGAAGAAAAUAAUGUAUUUCAAGUAACACCUAAGUCAGAAAAAGGUCAAAAAGCUACUGCCCACAAUUCUAAAGAUGAGAAAACUAAAAAGGGAACAAAGCGAAAAGGUGCAAAAACAGAUCCUAAUGCUCCAAAAAGACCAGCAAACCCAUUCUUUCAGUUUUGUCAAGAGCAAAGACCUCGUGUUAUGGAACGCUUAGCAGGAGAACCAGAACCAAGUAAGCAAGAACUUACUAGACAACUUGCAACUACUUGGAAGUCUCUUAGUUCAGAAGACAAAAAGGUGUAUUAUGACAUGUAUGAACGAUCCAAAGAAAAAUAUGUUGCUGAAAUGCAAAUUUAUAAUAAGAAAUCGGAAGACACGCCAAACCAUAUGUCUUUAAAUAUAACGUAG